AUGGAUCCAAAAAUAUUUUAUGGAAGCAGUAAAUAUGUUACGAAUGUACCGGAAAACAAUGAAAGUGAUGAUCCCGAUUUGUCAGACGAUGAAGACACAAAUAAUCCAAUAAUUAAUGAUAAUAUAUUAGCAUUUGACAGCGACGACAACAGUGAGCCUGAAGGAGAUUAUGAUGAGACAGUCAUUUCUGAAACAGAUGUAGAAUCUGACGAUAGUGAAAAUAUGACUCUACACGAAAUUGCAGAGAAGAUGAAUCCAAGCGCCUGGAGAACUGGAAAUCUCGUGAAAGAUCCAAAGGAUCUAGAAUUUACAGGCAAUAUGAAUAUGCCUCCAGAAGUUACUGACUUAGAAACGCCAUUACAAUUCUUCAAGUUCUUCUUGACUAAGGAAAUCAUAUCAGCAAUAACUAUCGAAUCAAAUUUAUAUUGCUCACAAAAGCGUAUAAACCGUCCUUUGAACCUCACAGAUGAUGAAUUAGAGCGGUUUAUUGGCAUAUGUUUAUAUAUGUCUAUUAUACAACUACCCCAAGCUAGAAACUAUUGGUCGCCACAUAUAGGUCAUCAUAAGGUAUCAGCAGUUAUGACAUGUAACAGGUGGGAAGAAAUCAAAAGAUUUAUUCAUUUCAACAAUAACGAUAAUUUCAUACCUCGUGGUACACCUGGACAUGAUAAAUUAUUCAAAAUAAGACCUUUUCUAGACAGUUUACAAGAAAGACUAAAUAAAAUUCCAGUUGAAGAGAACGUUGCGGUAGACGAACAAAUUAUUCCAACUAAAGCCAGAUCAACAAUAAAACAAUACAAUCCGAAAAAGCCACACAAGUGGGGCUAUAAAGUAUUUGUUUUGAGUGGAAUCUCCGGCUUUAGUUACAGCUUCGACAUUUUUGCUGGAUCUCAGAGCAACGUAGUUCCUGUUGAUGUUCCUGAUUUAGGAACAAGCAGUAAUGUGGUGCUAAAACUUGCCCAAAGAGUCCCUAAGCAUAUGAACCAUAAAAUAUUUUUCGAUAAUUGGUUCACCAGUGUCCCACUUGUGGUUUACUUGAGCAAAAAUGGCAUUCUUCCUCUUGGUAGUGCGCGCUUGAAUCGAAUUCCAGGUUGUAAAAUGCUAUCGGAAAAGGAAUUCAAGAAACUUGGAAGAGGAUCUUGGCAAGAAAAAACUGCUAUCAAAGAUGAUGUGAAAUUAAGUACUGUUUGCUGGUAUGACAACAAAAUUGUCACAACUCUGUCAUCUUAUGUCGGCUCGCAACCAAUUGGAAGUAAGCAAAGGUUUUUUGGAAGCGAGAAAUGCUACAAAGAUGUGCAAUGUCCGCAAACAAUCCUAAAAUAUAAUGAAUACAUGGGAGGCGUAGACCUAUUGGAUUCUAUGCUUGGUUAUUAUCGCAUCAAAAUUAGAUCCAAGAAAUGGUAUCUCCGCAUUUUCUUUCAUUUUAUAGAUAUGUGCGUUGUGAAUAGUUGGCUUUUAUGGAGGACGCAGAACGAGUUUUAUAUGCCACUUGCAGAUUUUAAGGUAGCUAUUGCGGAUGCUUUAUGUAUCAGUGGAAAAUCUGUAUUGAGUAGAAAACGUGGACGACCUAGCGCCAAUCUUGAACAUGCUUAUUUGGAAAAGACUAAACGUGGACCUGCGGCUGAAAUUCCUCAAAUUGAAGUAAGAAAGGACGGAAUAGAUCAUUUGCCGGAAUGGAGAGAAAAUGAAAGAAAUCGAUGCAAACAUCCAGACUGCAAAUACCAAUCAUAUAUUUAUUGUGUAAAAUGUCAACUACCGCUCUGCCUAAAUAAAGAUAGAAAUUGUUACCUAGAUUUCACACCGAGUAACUACAUAAGACUGGUUGUUAGUGCAUAG